CAACCAGAGCAGUCGGCACUGAGAGCUGAGCUGCACUUUCAUAACAAUUAGAGGUUGGCCCUGAUCCAAAUUCAGACCAACAUGUGGGCUUCAGUACUUCUGCUGGGGCUUUUUGUUUGCUUCCUUCUUCUUCAACUCACACCUCGGAGACCAAAGAAUUUCCCACCAGGACCCACUAGUCUGCCUGUACUGGGCAACCUUUUGUGCAUGAACUUAAAUGACCCCAUAAAGGACUUUCAGAGGCUCAGGCAGUCUUAUGGAAAUGUCUACAGUCUGUUCUUUGGCUUAAAACCAGCGGUGGUCAUCAGUGGUUUUAAGACCAUAAAGGAGGCGAUUGUUAUCAAAGCUGUCGAUUUCGCUGGACGACCUCAAGACCUGUUUCCAAAUUAUGUUACUCAAAGAAACGGUGUUAUCCUGGCUGAUUAUGGCUCGGUUUGGAGGGACCAUCGUCGCUUUGCUCUGAUGACCAUGAGAAACUUUGGUCUUGGGAAGAAAUCCAUGGAGGAAAGAAUUCACGAAGAGAUUCAAUGUACAGUCGACACACUGGUAAAAAGCCUCGGUGCUACCCUGAGUCCACAGUUCAUGUUUCAUAAUGCAGCUUCAAACAUCAUCUGCAAAGUUGUGUUUGGAACACGUUAUGAGUAUGAUGAUGAGAUGAUCAAAAUUAUUGUUAAGUGCUUCACUGACCUGACAAAGAUGGCCAACGGGCUGUGGGCUAUGCUGUAUAACUCCAUUCCUUUGAUCCGUCCUCUGCCCCUGCCCUUCAACAAGGCCUUUAAGGACAUGGAGAUGUAUCUGGGUCUUGCAGCUGGUUUGGUGAACGAACACAAGAAGACCAGAGUCCCUGGAGAGCCACGGGAUUUUGUCGACUGCUAUCUGGAUGAACUGGAUCAGCAAGGAGAGGGCUCUUCUUUCUCUGAAGAAAAACUGCUAAUGCACACAUUUGAUCUUUACGUUGCUGGGACUGACACCACCUCCAACACCCUCCUCACCGGGUUUCUUUACCUCAUGAACUACCCUCACAUACAAGAACGAUGUCAGGAAGAGAUAGACCAGGUGCUGGAGGGGAAGGAUAAAGUCACUUUUGAUGACAGACACAACAUGCCUUAUAUGCAGGCUGUGAUUCAUGAAGUUCAACGGAUUGCAAACACUGUUCCUCUCAGUGUCUUCCACUGCACAACUAAAGACACGGAGCUCAUGGGAUACUCCAUUCCAAAGGGUACAAUGGUCAUCCAGAACCUGACCUCAGUCCUGAAUGAGGAGGGACAGUGGAAGUUCCCUCAUGAAUUCAACCCUGAAAACUUCCUGAAUGACAAGGGAGAGUUUGUCAAACCUGAAGCAUUCAUGCCUUUUUCUGCAGGCCCUAGGAUAUGUCUCGGAGAGGGUCUGGCUCGUAUGGAGCUCUUCCUCAUCAUGGUGACUCUGCUGAGGAAGUUUAACUUCAUCUGGCCGGAGGAUGCAGGAGAACCAGACUUUACUCCAGUCUACGGAAUAACUUCGACUCCCAAACCUUAUACUAUGAAGGUACAGCUGAGGUCAAAACAGUGAGGGAUUCUGAAGAUGCUUAAACCUACUUUUGGCUGAUUUGAGAUGAAAACAAUCUUUGACUUCCUUCAAAACACUUAGAUAGAAUUCAUCCUAAAACUAUUAUGAAAUCCCUUCAGUUUGGAAUGAAAUAGAACCUGUCUGACGACUUGACGGAGGCUGAAAGAUAUAAAAAAGGAAAAGCAACACAUCAUGUCCCAAUCUAAAAACGUUUAAGAACAGUUGAGAAGCAAAUCACUGACGUCUUGGAAAGGAUGAGAAAUCUCCUUCUGAGGAUUUUGGAGUCCAGAGAACCACAGUGAGAACCAUUCCCUUCCCAAAAGUGACUGACCUACUAAAUUACUCUUAAAAGUAAAUAGCCACGUAAUACGCUUAUAAAAAA